AUGGUGGACCAGUUGAUUAAUUUAAAGGAAGGAUUUAAAGAAGAAGGAGUCAAAAAGGAAACAAGACAAUCCCAACCGCCAUUUAAAAAAUCCCCUCACAGUCAGCCAGGGAGAGGCUUUUCAGUAGAAAACACCACCUGGAGGAUGGCAGGCACCAUGCAGCCUAACAGUACUGAGGGAAAUAAGAGCUGUUUCCAUUGCGGAAAAUUAGGACAUUUUAAGUCCCAAUAUAAUCUCCUGAGAAAAGAGAAGUCCACCUUCUUCAUUAGGAAAAGAAAUACCCCUGAAGAAGAAAUGGAACCCAGUGCUAAGAAAGAUUGCACUGAGGUGGUUCAAAAAGGGGAACAGAUUGAAAGACAGUGUUUGUUUGUGAUGCUAAACACAGUCCCAAAUGACUAUUUGGAACCCAUCAAAAUAGAUGGAAACCUGUUACAAGGGUGGAGAGACAUGGGUUCCGAAGUUUGUGUAAUUCAUACAAAGAUGGUACCUGAGAGUGUGGUACCUCAGAAACAUGAUGAGCACCCAGAUGGAGCCAGUGAUGAGAAUGUAGAGAUAGUGGUUCCUGCAGAACAAGUGAUGGAUUUUGGGGAGAAAGGAGAGCUGAAAGAAUCGUUGACUUUGGAGGAUGUAUUACCUUCAGCUGCAAGUAAGGAGAUUGACUCUGCCGAGUUCAUUGACAAAGACAAUGAAAUACAGUCAGAAGAAAAAGCUGAAGAAAAGCUAAUCCUUAAGGAAUCUAUUUAUUUGGCAGUAGACAUGGUUGGAAGUACAAAAUAUCAAAAAGUCUUCUGUGAAGAAAAAAUUCACACAUCUGAAAGAUUAGUUGAAGUAAAGAUAACUUCCAGGCAUGAUUCAUUCACUAUGGAGGUUCCAGAUGAUGGCACAAAAGAAGUUUUGAAGAUCAGAACUGUGAUUGAAGUUAAGAAUCUAAGUGAAACUUAUCGAAAAGAAGAGAGACAGUUUGCUGAGAAUAAAACAUUAGAUCAGCUCCUCCUUACUAACCCUGAGCAUUUCGAUAUGUCUACAACUGAAGAGAAAAUAAGCAGAGAAAGAAGAUCUAAUCAUAUAUCGGAGGAAGAAGAGGAUAAAAACCAAGCUGAUGGACUGUUAAGAAAAGUGAUAUACACUGACUAUGUUAGUCUUGAUAAAAAGACAAAUCUCCAGUUCCAAGGUUUAAAGGUUCAUCCAGACAGCAGUGAUGAGACUACAAUAGAGAAAGACAAUGUUCUUGUUUGUUCUUCCAACGAUGGCGGAUUCUCUUCAAUACCAAGAAAAGAUGUUCAAAGAACUAUAAAUUCUUCAAUAAGACCUGAUGCUACGUUGAAGCAAGCCUUUAUUCGAGCCUUAAAACUCAAUGAAAGCAGAACUGUUCCUGAUAAUUGGAAGGUCAGAUUGAAAGAAGAAACUCCAGCAACAAAGAAAAGAGAAAACUUCCUACAACAGCGUGGUAACUUCGUGGAGAACCAAGAGACUUUUGAUUGUGAACAAACUGUGAUUGACUAUAGAGACUUGAAUCUCUUCAAAUUGUUCAAACUUGCUCAUAAGUUUAAAGGACUUAAUGAUAUUGUGAGACUGUUAUAUGUAAAAAUAUUAAGAAUGUAUGUUAGUAGAGUCACAGGGAAAUUAGCCAAGUAUGUUGCAAAGGAGAUGGGAGGAAUGUUAGAGAUGUGAGACUUUGAUAUUGCAUACAUGGAUGAUAUUGGAUAACUGAUCAAUAUAUGGUUUGUACAUAGUUAUAUGAUGUUGAUAUUAUCCAAAUUAUUUUUGACCAUUCUAGUCGGUAGAAAAGUCAAAAAUAAUCCCUAUGGGUUGGGAGGUGUGACGAUGUGUAAAUUUUAUUCCUUUGGUUAUGUGUAGUUUGGACAGUGGUUUAGGGAUGGUAAGUAUGGGAGAUUAUGUUUUGUGGGAGUGGCUUGGCAUUAGCUGAGUUGCCAUAGCAACAGGGGCGGAGCCAACCGCCUCUUCAGAGGCAGCUGUGUUUUAAAAAGUCAGUCAGUGGCCGGAGAGCUACUGAGAGGACACUGAAUCUUUUGGUGGAGAUUCAGGGAAUGUGUCUGUAGCCAGUGUGCUAUAGGGAAAGACUGAAUCUCUUGGUGGAGAUUCAGGGAAUCAAUUGGUGACCAAGUGGUUGCAGAGAAGGACCCGGUACAGGGGGUUGUUGAUUCUGAAUUAAGAAUCAAGGUUUGGCUGGGUUUAAGCCUGUUGUGCCAGCUGUGAAACCUUAUGAAGUGUUUGCCUGAGUUUACUCAUGAAACCUUUCCAAUGUAUCCAUCAAGAUUUGUACCUCUUUUGAAGAACAGUUAUACAUUGUUAUACUCCUGUUAAAAUAAACUUGUUACUUUUUCCUCAA